UAUCCUGAAUGACAAUAUCGGAAAAAUUCGAUUGUUUUCCAACACUCCCCAACUUCAAAACCCUAUAAAUACAUAGCUCGAUUUAAGCCGGGUUUGCCAAAUUACACAGCUAAACACGUACGCACUGCAACAAAAAUGGCGGCAUCUUCUAGAAGAUCAUCAACAGGACCAGGUGCUCGAUACCUCUCACCUUCCGGAGGACUCCGUGGUUCUCACUCUCGGUCACACUAUUCUUCUUCCUCGUACUUCGCCUCUUCCUCCAGCUCGAAUUUCUCCUCCAGAUCCACCACCUUCUUCACCCGCUCCACUUCCCCGACCCGCGUCAACAUGUGCGGAACCUCUCCACCUGUCCCCUCCGUACGAUUCUCCUUGGACCGCUCUAUCUCCCCUAGCCGUUCCAUUUCCGUCUCGCCGAGCGGUAGCGGUGGCGGCAGCAACCAGAUCGUGAAGCGGCAGGGUCAGAAGCGGACCUGUAUGUGCUCGCCGACAACCCACCCGGGUUCGUUCAGGUGCAGCUUACACAAGGGAUACGGCUCGCAGUCGGCGGCGACGUACUCGCCGAACAGGCUGAACGCGCGGCGAUCGGCUAUGACGAACUCACUAGUGAGGAUCGGCGGAGUUGAAGGUGAUCUGAUGAAGCGAGCCUUAUCGGCAUUGAUUCGUCCCUCUUCGCACCAGCAGCGUAGGCGCGCCGACUUCCGGCCAAGGCCGAGCCGGCUUUCCGUCAUGUCAAAAGCCGAGGAGUGAUUAGUGUACGCUGUCCGGUAAACUCUCUGUUUGAGUAUUCCCGACGGCGACGGAGGCGUCGGAGUCGUUGGAUUUCAAAUUCUCGGAUAUAUCAGUUAACGGCGAACGGCUCGCGAUCUGAUCUGCUCGGAGAAGCCGGCGAUUCAGAAGGGACAUGGAUUUAUAAUUUUUUUGUGUAAUCCAGCGGCCGAAACUCGAUAUAGGGAGUAUGACACAUACACCUAUCUCAUCUGUAUAGAUAUAUAAAUAAUUAAUAUAUUAGUGAAUGCAAAUCAAUCGUUUCGACAAAA